UCAGUUUGCCAGGACUCUCAUGUUGAAAGAUAGAGCAUUUGAAGAGCAGAAUAAUUUAGCUGCACAGAUCAAGCUCCACAUCCAGUCAAGAGAUAUUAUCCAAGGUAGAUUUGCCCACAAAUCAAUCCUGAAGAGUGCCCACCGUUCCAACUUGUUCCUGCUCAACCAAGUCAUCCAAAUGUAUGGGAGUUGCGGGGCAGUAGAUGAUGCCCGCAAAGUUUUUGACAGCAUAGACACUCCUAAUCUCUUUUCAUGGAACAUCAUGCUCAAUGCAUACACUCGCAAUGGUCUUCUCGAUCAAGCCAAGCAAUUCUUCGACACAAACCCUCACAAAGAUCUUGUAGCAUGGACAACGCUAAUGCAAGCAUAUGCCACAAAGGGGUACGUGCAGGAGGCAAGAACACUCUUUGACAACAUGCCCAGAAGAGACACUGCGUCGUGGAACACACUUAUUCAGCUCUAUAUUGCAAACAACAUGGUGGAAGAGGCUGGUCAUGUGUUUAGAUCAAUGCCUCAAAGGGACGUGGUUUCUUGGACAGCAAUGCUUUCAGCAUUUGCCGGGAUAGGGCAUUUGGAUCAAGCAAAAGAAGUAUUUAGCCGUAUGCCUCAAAGAAACAUGGUCAGCUGGAACGCUAUGCUGCAAGGAUUCGUAGAAAAUGGAAAGAUUGAAGAGGCAAGAGAAUUUUUCUCUAGAAUGACCGAGCGCGGUGUUCUCUCUUGGAACAUCUUGAUCCAAGCAAAUGCCAGCGUUGGAGAUCUGGAGCAGGCAAAGUCGAUGUUCGAUACGAUGCCAAUGCGCGAUGCAGUGUCGUGGACGGCGAUGGUGAGCGCGUACUGUCAGGCAGGGGAUGUGGAUAGCGCAAAGGCCCUCUUUGAUGCUAUGCCGGAGGAAAGCAUCAUAGCCUGGAACGCAAUGAUCCAUGGCUACGUGAAAGCAGGCGACUUUCGAGAGAUGAGGCUCAUGUUUGAUCGCAUGCCGCAGUGGAGCGUGAUCUCCUGGAACGCUCUCAUCGCGGCAUACGGCCAGAUCGGGGAAUUCGUGGAGGCGAACAGCCUUUUCGAUCAGAUGCCCGCGUGGGACAUCGUUUCUUGGAACUCUGUUCUUCAAGCAAAUGCGAUAAGUGGGAGGCUGCUCCACGCUCACCAGAUCUUCCAUCAAAUGCCCGCGCGGGACAUCGUCUCUUGGAUCAUCCUCCUCUCCGCGAAUUCCCAGCACGGCGAUCUGCAUCGCGCGAGAGAGCUCUUCCUUGCCAUCCCGGAGCAUGGGAUCGUUCCAUGCACGGCGAUGAUCCAGGCCUACGCAGAUCACGGCCGCCUCAGCGACGCCGCCGCGAUCUUCGAUUCCAUGCCUUUACACAACGCGGUGGCGGUCAAUGCAAUGAUCCCAGCGCUCGCGCGAGAGGGCCAUCUCGAUCAGGCCAGGCAGCUCUACGAUUCCGUCCCGGAGGUGGACGUGAUCUCCUCCACAGUGAUGCUAGAGGCGAUCAUCGAUAGCGGCGAUCUGGACGCCGCGAGAGAGAUGUUUGAUUGCAUGGAGAAGCGCGAUAUCGUGUCCUGGAACACGAUGCUCGCGGCCUACUCCCAGAGAGGGCAAUUGGAUAAGGUGGUGGAUCUCUUUCAGCGGCUCAAGGAGACCAAUGUGGUGUCUUGGAACACGCUCAUGUACUCGUACGCUCAAUCCGGGCGCAUGGCCGAGGCCACGCAGAUCUUCCACUCGAUCGUCGCUAGGGAUGCGUCGUCCUGGACGACGAUGAUCGUCGGCCACCUCCACGCCGGGAAUCCAUCCCUUGCCAAGGCCAUCUUUGACGAGAUGCCAAUGCGAGACCUUGUUUCGUGCAAUGCCACCAUUGCCAGUCUCUCCCAAAGCUCCCAGCUUGAGGAGGCGCGGUUCCUCUUCGAAUCCAUUCCCGAAAAGAAUCUCGUGGCGUGGAACUCUAUGAUCACGGCGUAUGCCCAAAACGGGCAUCUCUUAGAAGCGCAACGCAUGUUUUUUCUUGCGCCCGCGAAAGAUGCCAUUACGUGGAAUGCCAUGCUUGCAGGAUUUUCAAACAAUGGUCUUACGUCUCUAGCAAAGAAAACGUUCGAUGCUUUGCCCGAAAGGAAUGACGUGUCAUGGAAUGCUAUGCUUGCUGCAUAUGCCCAAACUGGGCAUCACAGUGUGGAGGCCAUUUACCUCUUUCAUUCGAUGCAAGUGGAAGGACAUACCGCGAGCGAGGUAGCUUUUACGACCCUUCUCUCGAUCUGGAGCCAGUCAGGUCAGGUCGAGGCUGGACGACUGUUCUUUUCAAGAAUGAUUUGCGACUUUAGCAUCUCUCCAGGCAGGGAGCACUAUUGUACCACAAUUGAUGCGCUGGGGAGAGCUGGGCAUCUUGGGCAGGCAGAGGAGCUCCUGAAAUCCAUGCCUGUUCUUCCCGAGAGCAUUGAUUUUGGAUCAUUCUUGAGCUCGUGUAAACUUCACAGGGAUUUUGGCCGUGGAGCACAAGUUGCGAAAUCUAUAGAUCCUUCAAAGUCAGCUCCAUACAUCCUCUUGUCCGAUAUUUGCCGCUGUUAGCUAUAUAAAUAAAUCCUUUUACAUUGGUUGUUUCAAUCUUUAUUGUUUAUACUAAAUUAUAAUUUCUCAUUAUUGGA